AUGACGAGGUUGAGUGACAAUGAUGAACGCUCAAGUUUUGACUCGACAAGUAGCCAAAAGGUUGUCACUUUUGAUGAGAGCGGUGAUGAGUUUGGAGGCAUUAAUAUAAUUGAGAAUUACUAUGCGGUUAGGAAAGAAAAUGACCAGCUACAAGAAGGCACAAAUGUGCAUACACAGGUAUUUCACUCAACGGAUGCGGACGGUAGCGUCGUACUCAAAACAGAAAAGCGUCCGGACGGUGACGUGCAGACGCAGCUGUUCGACACAGUGCAAAAUGAUGAGUACGAUGCGACCAAGACGGUUUCUACCACUAGACAACGAGGACUGAUGGAUAAAGUUGCAACAAUUCCGUUCGAAGUGGAGUCGACAGCAGAAACGGAGACGAACGAUGGUGUCAAAGGCACCAGUGUGUCAACAGAGACAAAGAAAAGCAAUGCAGAUGACGGCAUUGACUUUCAAGAUUCUGGGAAGAAAGCUGCUUUACUUGUGGCAAGACACAAUGUCUCCGCCGCCCUGGCGCAUAAUAAAGGAAAGAAUCACUACUCGUUCAUGACUAGGAUAAAGCAACAGUACCAUCCGCAGUGGCACCCACACUUUCUAUCCUAUCUGGAAAAUCACGACAAGCGUAUUGAAUCGCUGUCCGCGAAGGAUCUGCUGGAGAAUGCGUGUAAUUUUGUCGAGAAAACCUUAUUGAGUUCCGUCCAAAAUUCUUUGAUUGUGGCUCAAUAG